GUCUAAGGUGGCUGUAUAAGUUAAUUUUAGAGUUAAAAUAGCAUUUGAUUUUUCAGGCCCAAUAAUGAAUAGGAGUGCUAGCGUUAAUUCCUUCAAUGACGAAGUCCACAUAAUCGACUGUCACAUCGCCGAUGCACAGGCUUCCAAGGAUGCUGGCGAUGCCGCGAUGAUUCAGAACCACCUACAUGCAGCAUCCUUCUAUUACAAGAAAGUUUUUAUGUUUCUAGCUGAGUACCUGCCUACAAGGCCGGAUAUCGUACCUUGGCUUGUGCAUUCCCUAUCCCCGAGCGAUGCUGAGCAUGUUUUAGUUGUUAAUAUACUAAGACAGUACCGGCCUCGUUUCUUGAACCCAUUUGUAAGCGGGUGUCAAACACCCAAUGUUAACGGGGAUCAAAAUCGUUCGUUUAGUGCGGGUAGUCGUUACGCAUUCAACCAAGACGGUUGUAUUGAUAUUGAAAGCGAUGGUAGUGCUAAAUUGUAUGGUUCUGAAUGGUUUACUCUGACCAAACGGUCUCGGCAACAGAAGGUAUACAGGUUGUUCAGUUUUACUAUGAGCAACCUCGUGUUGGUGAACCUCAAGCUUGGGCGGUACCUCGAAGGCGUAGCGGUCGCUACAUUUUUGCUGGAACGUGCUCCUUUUCUUCAAGAUAACUCAAAAGUGUUGCUUCGCCGCGCCCAAUGUUUCCUCAAACUCGGCGAUUGUGCUGCAGUUGAGAAGGAUCUCAAUGCGCUUGAGCUUCAGGGCUUCAACCACACCAGUAUAGCGAUGCUAAGGGAGGAAAUUGCGCAACUAAAUGCGCGCUCACACGAAUCUCAGGUGGAUAAUGUGACAAGGUAUGUUUCCCCCGCCUCACCACUGCUUUGUUAAGGUGGUGAACAGGGGCAUGCGUAGAAACUGAGCAUCCAUGAAUGGUGUGAAGACUAAAAUGGUCAUUGAGAAAUACGCUAGCAGUAGCACCAUAGUCGCUAAUAAUUAAUGCAAAAUGGGAAGAUAGGCAUAAAAUCUUAUACACGCGUUUGGAGUAGUGGAAAAAAUACACAAAGAAAAUGAACACAAUGGCUCACUACUAUGGUAGGUAAGGGAGGCGCAUAGAAUGUGUCUGGCAGGAUGAGUUACCAAAUUACACUCAUAUAUAUAUAUACUUCACGCCCCGUGAUUGUCAAUAAAAAUUCUUGACUACGGUGAUGGUGACAGCUGUUUUCUAUAUGUGCCAAUUUUCCCAUCUCUCUCAAUUCCUACAAUUUGUCGUAGAGUUGAAUGCUAAGGCACAAAGGCGUGAGCUUCUACUAUUUGUUGCAUCUACAUUAAUGCUAACCAUGCAUGCAUAUGUAUGGUAUAGAUGUCGAUAGUUAUGUGUAUAUGUACGUAAAAUAAUAUCUCAUAUUGUAUACCCCUUUCCAAGAAUCACAUUGACAAGUCGUUUUUCUUUAAAUGAAAGAUAAGAGAGGCGUCACUAUUGCUUUUGAAAUGCACAUAUAUAUCUGAAGUUGAUUGUGAUAUAUUGUAAAUGAGGGUAAAAGAAGUCUGUCACAACCAAAAUGUGCAAUUUGCACCUUUUGAAUGAUACGUACAAAAGCUGGUGUAUUUCAUGUUUGUUACCCUUUUCAUAUCUCUUAACUGAGUGAGUAAACGAUGUGAAAAAUGCGUGUCUUAAAGUUAACUUAAUUCAAUUCAAAAAUAAUAAGAAUUCGCACAAAGCUAGGACAGCGGAGUAUAUUGUACGAAAAGAGGAAUUACACAUCACAGGGGCAUCAAA